UUUAGAUUCAAACAUGGCAGCGGCGACGAGUGUUGUUAUGCUUGACAGGGGAAAUAAUACGACGUGCACCAUAAAUUUACACGGUGCAACAGUCGUUUCGUGGCGUGUGAAUAAUCAAGAACAGCUGUUCGUGAGUAAACAAGCCAUAUUUGAUGGGAAGAAACCAAUCAGAGGUGGCAUUCCUUUUGUAUUUCCUCAGUUUGGACAGUGGACCUUCGGCCCCCAGCAUGGGUUUGCACGUAUUGUUCGGUGGAAUUUAGAAAAGGCACCAGAAAGGCUGCCAAGUGGAGAUGUGGAAGCCAUCUUCUCCAUUAUGGACAGUGAAUUCACUCGGUCUAUGUGGAACUACCCAUUUCGCCUCACAUACAGACUGAUACUACGAGAAAAGGAGCUACAUUUCAAUAUAGGCAUAUACAAUCCUAGCAAAGACCUUACAUUCAGUUUCAAUUUACUGCUUCAUACUUAUUUUAAAGUUCCUGAUGUACGACGUUGCCAGAUUACGGGGUUACAUGGCUGCACAUUCAUUGAUAAGACACGCGACGGUGCCAUUUUCCAAGAAGGCCGUGAUGUUGUAACUAUUUCAGAAUGGACUGAUCGCAUAUACCAGAACACUCCUCAAGAACAUAUAAUAACCAAUGUAGUUUCGGGACGUAAAAUGAGAAUCCAGAAAUAUAAUUUCCCUGACACAGUUGUGUGGAAUCCAUGGAUUGAGAAGGCCAAAGAAAUAACAGAUUUUGGAGAUGAUGAGUUUCCUAACAUGGUGUGUGUAGAAUCUGGCCAUGUUUCCAGUCCUGUAAUCCUUUUGCCAGGAACUGCAUUUGAAGCAAGUCAGAUUUUGCAGGUGAUGUGAGUGGAGGGCGGGGCUGCAGGUGGUACUGGAGGACGACGGGGUUCAUCAAGCCGUUCUAGCCACCAUGUGCAGCAGCAACAGCAGCAGCAGCAACAACAGCAGCAGCAACAGCAGCAGCAAUUGCAGCUUCCCCACCUGCAACAUCAGCAGCAACAGCAGCAGAUCCAUCACCACCAUCACCCCCACCACCA